UUAGUUUUAAAUGACAACAUCAGAUAUUAUUAUGCAGAGUGUAUCAGUGCAAGUUGCUGCGAUAUUCAUAUUGGAGAGCUCAACUCCUUUCCUCCACGCCAGGGAACUGCUUAGAGAAGUGGGUUACAGGGAUACCUACCUCAAUUUGGCAGCAGAUAUGACAUUCGCAUUAAUAUUCUCGGUAGCAAGGAUGGUGGCCGGACUCUAUCUCCUUUUCGUCAUUCUAUCAGCUAAUAAUCCUAUACUGAUCAAGGCAAUGGCCGUAGGGCUUCAGUUAGUCGGUGCUUUCUGGUUCUACAAGAUUGUGAAGAUGGUGAAAUACAAGCUUACCAAAACAAGGGAGAAGGUGGGCCUGGCUUCUACAUCUCGCCGAACAGCAAAAUUGGAUUAAGCCACU